AUGUUAAUUAUUGUCCUAUACGGUGAUAAUCAGCGUGCCAUAUUUAAUCCAGAUUGUAAAACAAUAAAUUUGAUAAGCUCAAUAAGAAAAAAUUGUCGAUGUGAUCGUAAUAUCUGUGUAGAUUUAUGUGAUCUCACUGGUGAUUUGAGACAUAUCAGUGAAUCAGCGGAACAAGAAUACGCGUCAGCCUUAUUCAAAGAUCGUGAAAAACUUGUGCUAAUACGAAUUGAAAAACAAAAUGAUCAAACAUUAUUGUAUACACCAUUACUUAAAGAUGAAAAUACCAUAACAAAUGAGUUUUUGUCACAUCUCUACAGUCGUGAUAGAAAUAAAGUAACUGAAAGCUACACUAAUAAACAGAUUCGUCCAAUUUUAAAUACGAGCAAACAAUCGAAUAAUCAAACAACAAAAUCAUCGUUACAAUCUCGACGAAGUUAUAUUUCGAACAAUCAAGUUCAACAAAAUCAAUCCGGCAACCUCACCGUACAACAUACAUCACCAACCCGAAGAAAAAGUGCUACUAAAACGCAGUUGCAUUUGAAGUAA